CUUACAACCUGGGAAAGCAGAGGUAAAUCAGAAGACAGCCGAAAAGAUGCCUCACAAAACACACUCAAAAAAGGACAAAUCAUCUAGUCAUCAUCAUGGCAAACAGGCCUGCAAGAAACAAGAGAACUUGUCUCACCAUGUUUCUGCCCAGCAAAUUUGCAAACAGGAGAACACUGAUCCCCUCAGUGUGGAAAAUCACACCACUGAGCACACUCCAGCCGUGCUUGACGAACCUAAAUUGGUGAUUGAGACUUGUGUAGCAAAUGAGAAGGCUCCAAGCAAGCCACACGGGAAGAAGAAGAAGAAACAUGCUCCGAAUGCAACAGGAGUGAAGGGUGUGGUGGAGCCGCUGGUUGAGGCGGAGAAUGGAUCAAAACCAAAGAGUGCGAAGGGAAGGAUUGAAAUGUUUGAGGCCAAACUGGAUGCUAAAGCUGGGAAAGCUCAAAAGGACAUUAAGAAGUCCAGUGGUGAGAAGAUUUUCCAGCAAACGGAGGCUAAAGCUUCCCAGGAGGAUCAAACACUACAUCAUACAGAGCACCAAGACCAUCAGCCCAAAGCCUCCCCCAGUCCUCCGAAUGAUGAUAUCAUCAAAAAGCGACGACUGUCUGAGAAUAAGUUUGGGAAAAUUUUAAGUGCUUUGGAGUCGAAACUGCCAAAGCAAGAUGUUUCUAUCCAGGCCAAUGGGGAGGAGGCUAAGGCGGAAGCAGGGUCAACUCGCAGGAAAGCGUACAGUGACGUGGUCAAACAGAAAAUCACACCUGCUGAAGAGGUCAAGGUAGUGAAGACUAUCCAGGUAGUGUCUGUGAGCGGGGACCCCCAGAGUCUGUGCCUGUGGUGUCAGUUUACAGCUGUGUUCUCCAACCACACCGUCAGCUGGAGCAGAGACGGCAGUGUUCUGGCUGAUAUCAAGAGAAGUGCAGGGGAUGAGAGCAGAGUGUCACUGACCAUCACCAACGCUUCACACAAAGACUUGGGCAAAUACCAGUGUCGGCUCACUAGUUCACAUGGAUCCGUCAUCCUGGACUACAUGCUAACAUAUGAAGUGCUCAGUGAAAUUGUCAUCCCUCCAGCUUCUAAGACCGUCACAUCUGCCCCAGCAGAGGUGGGAAAUGAAGAGGAGGAUGUGCGCUGUUCCAGGCUGCUGUUCAAAGAGGAUUUCUUAGCUGACCAAUACUUUGGAGAGAAUGAACCUGCCAGUAUCAUCACUGAAAAGGCUCACUUUGGGGAGGGGAUGCACCGGCGGGCUUUCCGGACUAAGAUGAAGGCGGGUCAGAUACCUCUGCUACUGCCUGGAUACCCUUGUGUGCUCAAAGUGCACAAUUCUAUCAGCUACGGGACCAAGAACAACGAGGAGCUGGUUCAGAAGAACUUCAGCUUGGCUGUAGAGGAGUGCCAGGUCCAGAACACAGCAAGAGAGUACAUCAAGGCGUACACCACUGCAGCCCAGUCUUCUGAAGCCUUUGGAGAUAUCCCAGAGAUCAUUCCCAUCUAUCUGGUUCACCGUCCAUCUAAUGACAUCCCGUAUGCAACACUGGAGGAGGAGCUGAUCGGUGACUUUGUCAAGUAUUCUGUGAAGGACGGCAAAGAGAUCAACCUGAUGAGACGUGACUCUGAGGCGGGACAGAAGUGUUGUGCUUUCCAGCACUGGGUCUACCACAACACUGAGGGAAACUUGCUGGUUACUGACAUGCAAGGAGUGGGAAUGAGACUAACUGACGUGGGGAUAGCUACGUGUAAGAAAGGAUACAAGGGCUUCAAAGGAAACUGUGCCACCUCCUUCAUUGACCAGUUCAAGGCCUUACACCUGUGCAACAAGUACUGUGAGAUACUGGGGCUCAAAUCCUUGCAGCCUAAACCUAAAAAGCCUGCAGCUGCACCGAAACCCAAACCCCAACCUGCUGCUGCACCUAAGAAGAAAACAUUUGGGCCUACAGUGAAGGGGAAGUCAUAACAGGACGAAAACACUGGACUAUAGGGUUGCUUUUUUUUGUCAUUUAUUGCAAUUUGCUUACUUCUGGACCUCAAAAGCAGAGUAUCGUCUGUCAAAGAGGAAACAAACAAUGUUCAAACUUUUGGGCGACAUCAUAGCAGAGAAGGAUGCUCUGGCCUGUUAUGAACAAGUGACUUUUAAACUCAUGUUGAACAUUUGAGUCUUUUAUUUCAAUGAUGACAUCACUGGAGAUGUUUUGAGGGGGGGGGGGUCAUAAUCUCUGGGGGGCACUUUGUUUCACAGGUUUUGGGAAAACUGUGAGGAAUUUGAUGCUUGAACACUUGAACUUGGUGAGAAUGUUGUUGAACUUUGAUGUCUUAGAGUUUGCUUUUCGAAGAGAUGCAAUGAUCUUGCUUUAGUGAUAUUUUUCUACUUCUGUGAUGUUUCAAGCUAUUAGUUCAUUAAAUUAAUGAACUUGUUAAUUAAUUGAUUAGAGGAAAUGUCUUCUGAGUAGGAUGUAUGAAAAAUACACACAUUAAAGGACAUUAAUUGUUUUGUGUGACAUAGUAUGAGUGGGUAACUUUUGUGUGUUUGGUUUGGUUCACUUAUUCUUCAUUUCGUAUUUUAAAAUUAGUGAACUACUGAAACAGAAAUUACUAUUUUUUUAUUUCAGAUACAUCAAAAAUACAUUUUGUACUCAUAAGCUCAUGCUAUGUAUGCCUUUGGGUGUAUUUGCCAAAAAUGUGAAGAUUUCUUGGUUAUAGUUCUGCUUUUUUGGAUUGAUUUUGAAUAUCUGGCAUUGUCUUAAAAGGUCCAUAUGGCUCAAGUCAAGUUUGAAGUGACAAACAUGUUUAACCAAGCUUGAGCCCAUUUGAACUCAAAAGUAUGCCAGCUAUUCGACUGCAGUCUCAAACGGUCUCUGUAUAAUAAGUCUCUCUGUCCUGCUCUCACUGCUGACUUUGAAAUCCCCUGACCCAAAUUUCUGACAUGGCUCUCAGGUUGCUUUGGCCAGUGUGAAGCAACAGUAGAUCUUUGUUAUUAAAAGAGAUGUUGCUGGUUAAAGAUGCCCUCUGUUUUCGUUGUAUUAACUUGAAUACACUCACAUUUUUGUGGUUUGAACCAA